AUGGGCAACGAUGCGAUAGCGUUCGCCAAUGGGAAGGUGGUCUGUGGUCGCUGGAAAGUGCUAGCGCGACUCGGUGCUGGAGGCUGCGGCAGUGUGUACAAGGUCGAAGAUAUGCAACGAAAGGGCUACAUUGCUGCACUGAAAGCCGAGGCUAUAGUAGAAGACGACAGUGGCGUAUUGAAACUUGAAGCUGCAGUGUUGAAGAAAUUAGCAAAUAGGAAGAAUGUUAUACGAUUGCUAAUGGCUGGAAAACGGUCGAAAUAUAGUUUCAUAGUCAUGACUAUUUGUGGUUCUGAUUUGAUGUCUCUAAAGAAAAGAUCACCAGAGGGCUUUAGUGAGAGCACCAUACUUCGCAUUGGUGUACAUGCACUCUAUGCCAUAAAACAGCUUCAUGAAAUCGGUUUCGUUCACAGAGACGUCAAGCCUGGUAACAUGAUGAAUGGUGCGAAUGGUAGAGAUCGACGAAUAAUCUUUUUGAUAGAUUAUGGCAUGGUCCGUAACUUCGUCGUGAGAGACGCAAAGGGUAUUUCGCUGCGAAAACCCAGAAAAAAUGUGCUCCUACGCGGAACAUUGCGAUAUUGCUCUUUGAGUGUGCAUAGAAGAUUGGAGCAGGCACGAGUGGACGAUCUUUGGGCUAUGCUGUACAUGCUAGGCGAGUUGUACGUUGGACUUCCGUGGAAUCGUAUGACUGUUGAGAAGGAGAUCAUAAAAAUGAAGGAAAAAGAGACGGACGAGAAUGUGUUUAAGGAAUGCCCAGAAGAAUUUGUAGCCAUGGCCAAAUACUUGCGAACGCUUGGUUACCAGGACCGACCUGAUUACUACAAAAUUUAUAAUUGGUUCAUUGGAGCAAUGAAAAGAGAAAAGUACUCGUUUUCGGAGAAGUAUGAAUGGGAAGAUGAUAGUUUAUUCACGGCAAAGAUAAAUACAGCUCUAGAUUAUAGUAAUAGAGAAAAGUCAACAAAGAAAGCGUUGGAAGGGUUCGAAAAGGAAGCGCUCCUUUAUACUAAUAUUCAUGAGCAAAAUUUCAAGGAAGUAGUACUGCAAUUAUGAAGUAAUUCAAGCUCAUGAAGAAAGCCAAAAUUAUGUCAUCGAAGAUUCAAACUUCCUUACUAACAGAUUAUGAACGCAGUUGCCAAC